GUCUUUCCUUCACUCUUGUUUGUGUGAGAUGUAGAAAAAUAACACUCGUCUCAGUCUCCGAAUGUGCCCUGUCUUCACCCACACAUCGGACCGGACUGUUGCUUAUUAUCCGGACACAGCGGUCACACUGACAGCGUUGGCGAGGCCGAUCGUCAUCAGCGGAGCUGGACCCGCACACGGAGACUCACUCAAGCCCGGUUCGGCUCAGUUCGGUGGACGGGACACAGUCGGAAUUUGAACGACAGAGCUCGAUUCGAGAUGGAGAGACGCAGACUGAUUUGAAUAGAGCCAGCGCUAUGGAGAUACAUCCAUUAUGCACUAAGCUUUGUCAUCAUAAAGCUGUGCAGCUGAAGGAUGAUGUGUGUGAGAAACCGAGUGCAGUCACUAUCAAUCCACGUCACAUGAGGAAAGCCUUCAGGAUCAUGAACGAGCUCCGCAGUCAGAGUGUGUUGUGUGAUGUCACCAUUAUUGCAGAGGAUGUGGAGAUAGCUGCUCAUCGAGUCGUCUUAGCUGCUGGGAGUCCAUACUUCCAUGCUAUGUUUACAGGAGAGAUGACAGAGAGCCGUCAGAAGAAGGUUCGAAUCAAAGAGAUUGACGGUUGGACUCUGGGAAUGCUUAUCGACUAUGUUUACACUGCUGAGAUCCAAGUCACGGAAGAGAACGUGCAGGUGCUGCUGCCCGCCGCUGGUCUGCUCCAACUGCAGGAGGUGAAAAAGGCCUGCUGUGAGUUUCUCAUAACUCAGCUUCACCCAACCAACUGCCUUGGUAUCCGCGCUUUCGCCGACCUGCACGCCUGCACUGAGCUUCUCCAUCUCGCCAACACGUAUGCAGAGCAACACUUUUCCGAGGUCGUGCAGAGCGAGGAGUUUCUCAAUCUGGGCAUGGAUCAAGUGUGCAGCCUCAUAGCAAGUGACAAGCUCACCAUUCCAUCAGAGGAAAAGGUGUUUGAAGCAGUCAUCGCAUGGGUCACACAUGAUAAAGAUGUGCGUCAAGAACAUAUGGCUCAUCUGAUGGAACAGGUUCGCUUACCCCUCCUUUCCAGAGAGUACCUGGUACAGAGGGUGGAGAUGGAAACUCUAGUGAAGAACAGCAGUGCCUGUAAAGACUACCUAAUUGAAGCCAUGAAGUACCACCUUCUGCCUGCUGAGCAGCGCUCAAUGAUGAAAACCAUCCGUACCAGAGUGAGAACUCCUAUCAGCUACCCAAAGGUGAUGGUGGUGGUAGGGGGGCAGGCCCCUAAAGCCAUCCGCAGUGUAGAAUGCUUUGAUUUUGAGGAAGAGAGAUGGUUUCAAGUGGCAGAAUUACCCUCCAGACGGUGUCGAGCAGGUGUGGUUUACAUGGGCGGUAUUGUAUAUGCUGUUGGCGGGUUUAACGGGUCACUGCGGGUGAGGACGGUGGACGCCUAUGACCCGGUGAAAGACGAGUGGUGCUGUGUCAGCAGCAUGCAGGACCGAAGGUCAACACUUGGGGCCGCUGUGCUCAACGGUCUACUGUACGCUGUAGGGGGCUUCGAUGGCAGCACGGGUUUAGCCACUAUAGAGGCAUAUAACGCAAAAGCAAAUGAGUGGUUCCAUGUCAAUCCCAUGAACACACGGCGCAGCAGCGUUGGAGUCGGAGUUGUUGGAAGUCUGCUCUAUGCGGUGGGAGGGUAUGAUGGAGCAACGCGUCAAUGUUUAAGUACUGUUGAGGCAUAUAAUCCCAACACUAAUGAAUGGUCUUACACUUCAGAGAUGGGAACUCGCCGUAGUGGUGCAGGUGUAGGUGUGUUAAAAGGUAUGCUAUAUGCCGUGGGUGGGCAUGACGGUCCUUUGGUUAGAAAGAGCUGUGAGGUUUAUGACCCCGCCAACAACACAUGGAAACAGGUGGCUGAAAUGAACAUGUGCCGCAGGAACGCAGGUGUGUGUGCCGUGAAUAACCUGAUAUAUGUGAUUGGUGGAGAUGACGGUUCCUGCAACCUGGCUUCAGUGGAGUUUUACAAUCCGAACACUGACAAAUGGACCUUACUUGCCACCUGCAUGAGCACAGGACGCAGUUACGCAGGUGUGACCAUCAUUGAUAAACCUCUCUGAGCUCUGAGGAGUUGUUGAAGACUUGACCUGAUGCUGAGGUACAGCAGAGGAUUCGCUCACACUGAAGCUCUUACAACGGCUGAGACUUCAUCGUGGAACUGCUUCACCAUGAACAUGGCCUGAAGAAUACUGCUCUCUUUCUCUCUCUCUCUCUCUCUCUCACACACACACACAGACACAUACACGCAAUUCUCACACUGCUAUACUUCUCAUUUAGUCUCUUGCAUACAGUAUACACCACACACUCUUGAGCUCUGUAUUCUUUCUGUUUCUCUUGUUUGAGAGUAGUCAAAGGUGAAGAUUAAUGCACUUUGAGGAGCACUUAUGAAGAAGGAUCAAAACAUAACAGUGUUGUUAACCUCUAAGAAAUGACUGGUGCAGACAUUUAGCCAGCGCGUAUGGAACGCGUUUUGGAGUGUGAGUCGGUGGUUUUGCUGCUUGAUCAUUCGAUCUGAAGGAAUUUGAUGAUCUUUGCUCAUUCAAGUAAAGUUUGAGUGAAAAUGUGUCUUGUUUAGGUCCAGACCUUUGUUGCCUCUCGGACGCUUGUUAUGAGGACUUUAGACCAUCUUCUUAUGAAGGAUGGAUGAUGAUGAUCAUUUCGAGGUGAAAUUUUGCUUGCCCAGGUGAUAGGUCUCCGAUGAAGACAAACAUUUUUUUGCGAUUUGUUUACCAAAUCACAUUUGAAGUCUUAAAGUUGAACCUGUCAGUUGGUGUUUUUCUUUUAAUAUCCUCUGGAUUUCUUAUGGUCCGGUUGUUGGAGAAUUGCGAUCUGCCCGUGAACUUGAGCGCUUCGACAUGCACGACACUGUGGACUGAUGCUGGUUGCUUGGGUAUUAAACCGCAUUGCAUGGGUCUAAAUACUGAUAAUCCUGUGCCAUUCUUAAACAACUGCUGUAUUCAGUUACCAGUGUGACAUGCUCUGUGUACUAGCGGUAUUGAUUAUUGAAGAGGUAUAAAGGUUCUUUCAAUCUUAAUUUUUUUUCUCUCCCCGUUUUGAUCUCUUUUUCCUCGCCCUUCUUUCUUCCUCCUUAGUUUCUUUGUUUUCUGUAACUUAAAUAGCUUGCUCUAUUCUGCUCUUGCUGUUUGGUAUUGAACUGUCUUUAACUGCUGUCACCAAGCCUGUUAAUUAAAUUAUAUAUACGCACAAUAUAUAUUAUAUAUUGUGUAUUCUAGUGUAUUAUCAAAUGUCUGUGAAGAGGAAUGUUGUGUUCUUGGAUCGUUUCAUAUCUUGCUUUUGUAAUAUUAAUAAUAAACAUGC